AUGGAGGACAAGUACAGCGAGCAGUCCUUGGCCGGCGGCGGCGUACUGGGCCCGGUGGAUGUGCCCAGCGCCCGGUUGACUCGGUACAUCGUGCUGCUGUGCUUCACCAAGUUCUUGAAAGCCGUGGGGCUGUUUGAAUCCUAUGAUCUUCUGAAAACGGUCCACCUCGUGCAAUUUAUCUUUAUAGUGCAGCUGGGGUCCGUGAUUUUUAUGGUUUUGUUUCAAAAACCAUUUUCUUCUGGGAAGGUGGUAACCAAGCGUCAG